UCAAUGGAGAAUAGCACCGAGGCGACAGAGUUCAUCCUCUUGGGAUUAACAGAUGACCCCAAUCUUCAGGUUCCCCGGCUCCUGGUGUUUUUGUUCAUCUACCUCGUCACCCUGAUUGGGAAUGGGGCAAUGAUGGUGAUCAUCCACUCAGACCCCCACCUUCACACUCCAGUGUACUUCCUCCUUAGCAACCUGGCCUUUGUGGGCCUCGGGUACUCAUCAGCUGUAGCCCCUAAGAUGGUGGUUGCAUUGCGGUCAGGGAACAAAGUCCUCUCCUACAAUGGAUGUGCAGCUCAGUUAUUUUUCUUUGUGGGUUUUGCCACUGUCGAGUGCUACCUUCUGGCCUCCAUGGCCUACGACCGCCAUGCGGCCAUCUGUAGGCCUCUUCAUUACACGAGCACCAUGACGACAGGCGCGUGUGUCCUCCUGAUGAUCGGCUCCUAUGUCUGCGGCUUCCUCAUUGCUUCCAUCCACACAGCAGACACCUUCAGACUCUCCUUCUGUGGUUCUAAUGAGAUUAAUCAUUUUUUCUGUGACAUUCCCCCACUCCUGGCUCUCUCAUGCUCCAACGCGCGUAUCAGCAAGUUGGUUGUCUUCUGUGUUGUUGGCUUCAGUGUCUUUUUCACCCUCCUGGUCAUCCUCAUCUCUUAUCUCUUCAUAUAUAUCACAAGUCAAAGGAUGCGUUCUGCUGAAGGAUGGAAGAAAGCCUUCUCCACCUGUGCAUCCCAUCUCACGGCAGUGUCCGUCUUCUACGGCUCGGUCAUCUUCCUGUACUUACAUCCUGGCUCCACCGAGUCCACGGACACGGACAAAAUAGCAUCUGUGUUCUACACUGUGGUGAUUCCCAUGCUGAACCCCUUGAUCUACAGCCUGGGGAACAAAGAAGUGAAAAAUGCUCUCUGGAAAAUACUCAACAAACUUUAUCUCCAGUCUUCAGACGUGAGAAGGAAGUAA